AUGAAGAUUCUUAAUUUAUGUAAUCUCUUUUGUAAGAAUUUGCAGUUGAAGAAGCAGUUCGAGAAAAAAGACAGUGAAUUGAAACAAGAGAGUUUUCACUAUCAAGACCUGAGAAAAAAAUAUGAUGAACUGGAUAAAAUGUUAUGUUAUCACACUGAACAAUUGAAAGAAUCCCGUGAAAAGCAUCAGAAAUUAGUAUUUGAGCUGGAGGAGUCAAACAUUUCUUUACAGAAAACAAAAGCUGUUCAAGAAAAUAUUGAGAAGGAAUUACAGAUGGCGCAGAAUAUGCUGGCUGAAGUCACUGGACAGAAAGAAUUAAAUGCUGAAGAACUAAAAGCAGUAAAAGCAAGUCAUUUACUCGAAACUACAGACCUUCAAGCAAGAGUUGGGACUUUAGAAGCAUCUUUAAUGGCAGAACAGCAAAGAUCAGAGGGAUUGGAAAAAAACAUUCACAAUAUGUUGCUGGAAAUGGAGAAGAAGGCAAAUGAGAUUGAGGAGUUGCUGGAACUGAGAAAAUGCAGUGAAUGCCAACUUGAAGAGCUGGGGGAGGCCUUGAUGAAUGCAACAAAGUUUGGGAAGCAUAUGGAAGAGCAGAUAAUGCAUGAAAAAGAAGAAACCAGAAAAUUAAAAAAUGAACUGGAAGCUACAAAUGCUGUCCAUUCCAAUCUUAAGGAAAACAUGCAAGUAGUUUUAAAUGGAAAGCAACACCUUGAAAAAAUGUUGGAACUGCUGCAGCAGAAAUUGAGAGAUAUGGAAGAUGCUGUUGUAACUAAAGAGAAAAACUUGGAAAUUGCUUUAGAUGAUAAGUAUGACUUAGAGAAAACGCUGGAAAGUUUACAUCAGAAGGUGAAGGAGUCAGAGGAUACUGUUCAAACGAAAGAGGAACAUAUUCAGGCCUUGUGUGACAGAAAACAUAACCUUGACAAAAUGGUGGAAAUGUUAGAAAAGAAGGUAAAGGAUAUGGAAAAUACUGCACAGAAUAAAGAGGAACAUAUCCAAGCAUUACUAGAUGGAAGACACAGCCUUGAAAAGAUGGUGGAAAUGUUACAGCAGAAAGCGAGAGACAUGGAAAAUAAUGUCAAGUCUAAAGAGGAACACAUUCACACAAUCUUAUCUGAAAAACAAAAAAUAGAAGUAAUGUUGGAAAUGCUGCAGCAAAAAGUGAAAGACAUGGAGGACUCUGGACUGUCUAAAGAGGAGCAUGUGCAGUCUCUUCUAGAUGGAAAACAUAACCUUGACAAGAUGGUGGAAAUGUUACAACGGAAAGUGACAGACCUAGAAAUCACUGCUCAGUCUAAAGAGAAUCAGAUACAAGAACUACAGGAGCAACUGGUUGCAGCUGCCAGAAAACAAAAAGGCUAUUCAGAUAACGUUAAAGAACUGAAAGAAGAACUUGAAUCUGAGAAGAAAAAGAAUGCAGAAAUAUCUACAAAUUGCAAGAAACUUGAAAUGGAGAAAGGCCAAGAUUUGGUUAUUGCAGAUUCAAAGAUAAGGUGUCUUGAGAUUCAUUUAAAGGCUAGUAAAGAAAAUGAAGAGACGUUUCAGAUGGAAAUUAAGAAGUUAAAAGAAGAGAAUAGCCAACAAAGACAAGAACUGCAUUGUCUGAAGGAAAGUGUAAAACAGAAAGGAGAAUCCGCAGAAACUGAACUUUUGGAAUACAUGGAAAAGGUUAAAACACUGCAGAAUGAAAUUUCUACACGGGAGAAACAGAUAAAGGUUUUGGAAAACAAGUAUAACAAACUGAAAAAUCAAGCUGAAACUAAGAGCAAAUCUGUUGAAGAGUUGCAGCAGGAGAACAAAUCACUGAAAAAGAAAGUGUCUGAAAGCAACAAACAAUGCAGUUUCCAUGAAAGUGAGGUGAAUAAUUUAAAGAUGGAUCUCAAAAAUGUAAAAUCACAAUAUGAAGACAGUAUUAAAGACCUUCAAAACAAUAUUAAUGAUAAAAUGCAAACAGAAGAAAAGCUUUUGGAAGAGCUGAGCAAGCUAAAAAUCUUAGCUGAUGAUGCAGUAAAAAUUCAGAAGGAAACUGAUACACGGUGCCAGCAUAAGAUAACUGAGAUGGUUGCCCUAAUGGAAAAGCACAAGCAUCAAUAUGACAAAGCACUUGAAGAAAAAGAUGCAGAAUUAGUACUCUGCAAGACAAAAGAGCAAGAAGCAGCUUUGGCAAAUAAGACAUUGGAGAUGCAGCUUUCCGACUAUAAAAGUGAAUUUUCAUCUUGUAGACAAAAUCUUGAGAAAAUAACUGAGGAAAAGGAAAGGCUUACAAGGGAUGCUGACAGAAUGAAAGAGACUAUAGAGAAAUUAAAAGAGGAAAACAGGAGGAAAAAUAUGGAAACCAUUAUUCAGAAUAGCUCAAGACCUGUACUGCAAUCAACUCCAUGUACGAACAGUUUACUCAGUAGCUGUUCUUCAGCUCAAAAUAUGAAGAAAUCAGAAGUAACUGAAACACCAUCAAAAACUUUUACCAGCUAUGCUGCACCUACUCCAAACCUAAAGACUUACAAAGUAAAAACUCCUCCAAAAUCUGGAAGAAUACAACAAAGAGGAAAAGUCACACUUGGAACUGCUGAUUUAACAAAGAAAAGGAAAGUGGCACUGGAAUUUGACAUGAAUUCUGAUAGUUCUGAGCAAAGUGAUCUGUUGUCCAUGCUUUCUGAAACAGAAGUGUUUAAUAAGCCACACAAAGGGAAUGUUGAAACUGUUCAUCCAUGUGAAAUGACACCAAGAAAGGCUAGAAGUCCCUCAUCUUUAAAAUCUCCAGGUACUGUUUUAAAACUUGCAGCUGUAAGAAGGAUGCGCGAGGCAGGCUGGUCUGCUAUAACAAACAGUGACUGGAAGAAAAAAAAUAAAGCUACUGGAAAGAUUUUUGGCUGAAUUAGUUUUCACAGAAUCAGCAUCAAGCUACACUAAGCAUACCCUGUUUUCUUCUUUUAAAAUUGUAAUUUAUGUUAAUUAUUCUGUAAAACACAUUGUCUUGGUUUCUUCAUUUAUUCUUGCAAUCAGAUUUACUUUCACAACAUAUCAAACAAUAAGCUUGUUUGUUUUCUCCUUCACAUUUUUCCUUGACAAUAACCCAUGUAGAAAAAAACUGUACUAUGUUGCAAUAUUUUUCCUUUGCAGAAUAUUUAACAUUAUUUACUUUGUGUUUUAUGGAACUGUAUUGACUCCUAUUAGUGCACUUUUUAGCUUGCAAACAAAUUAUUAUAUGUUACCAUUUAGUAACAUUUUAAACAAAAAGUUAACUGUUUUUAUCGUUAAUAUAGUGGAUAUAACCUGUUAUCAUUUCCAAUAUUUUAUUGAAUGUUAAUGCUAACAUUUUAGAUUAAAUAUUUAAAUCUGACCUUAAUUGGUUUGAUUGUUUAGCUGGUGCAAUAAAACAUUGUGCAUUAAAGCUUAAGGAGGCUUUAGUACAAUAAUACAUAUUAUGCAGAGUCAUUGCUUGAAACCUGUAGCAUAAGCAUUUUCAUACAGUCAAACAGAAUGUUAUACCCUUUGUAUGACUCUUCAACACAGGUACCUGAAGGGACACAAAAAUAAUAAAUG